UACCACAAAUACUCCUACAAAGACACUGAAAGGGCUUCAACGAUACAAAUUCGUCAAGUUAAUCGGGGAUGGUACUUACGGGCUUGUGUAUUUGGCUUUCAACGUAGAAACUCGUGAAAAGGUUGCUAUCAAAACAAUGAAACGCAAAUACAACUCGUGGAAUGAAGUAAUGGAGUUACGUGAGGUCAAAAGCCUAAAGAAACUUCAUCAUCCGAAUGUGGUCAAGUUACGAGAAGUGAUACGAGAAAAUAAGAGACUUUACUUUGUAUUUGAAUACAUCACAGGGGAUCUCCUGAGUAUGAUGCGUGAAAAAGCCGAGCCAUUCCCCGAACCGUGGAUCAGACACGUGGUCUUCCAAAUCCUUCAGGGUCUGUCUUAUAUGCAUCGUCUUGGUUUUUUUCAUCGGGAUUUGAAGCCUGAAAAUAUAUUGGCAUCGGGGCCAGAAUUAGUCAAGAUAGCAGAUUUCGGUCUAGCCCGCGAAAUCCGAUCAGCGCCUCCAUUCACUGAUUAUGUGUCCACCCGAUGGUAUCGAGCUCCAGAGGUUUUAUUGCGGUCAACUAUGUACAAUUCACCCAUUGACAUUUGGGCAGUGGGAUGCAUAACUAGCGAGCUUGUUACCAAGCGACCGCUUUUUCCAGGUGCUUCGGAGAUUGAUCAACUGUUCAAGAUUUGUUCCAUCCUGGGUUCUCCUAGUCGCAGUGAUUGGCCUGAGGGAAUAUCAUUGGCCAACGCUAUGAGUUUUAAAUUUCCAACUUUCUUACCAACUCACCUGUCACAGGUGCUGGGUCCUCACAUUUCCUCCCGGCUCGUGUCCCUUCUGUAUACAUUGAUGGUAUGGAAUCCGUCUUGGAGGAGCUCGGCUCCUGAGGCAUUGAAGCAUUCAUUUUUUAGGGGGCCCAAAGGUCUGCCCCGAACAUCAGCAUCGACAUCUUCAGCCAGAUCAAUGUUCAUGGAACAAGUGCAAGGAUCCCAACUUCAACUCAGUCAAAAACCUACCACGUUAUUUGGUUUGUCCACCUCAAAAAAUGAACCGCAUUUUGGCAAGCGCCAACGGGCUUUAACCCAAUCCCGGUCUCCUCAUCAUCAUCAUCACCACAACCAUCAUCAUCAUAAUGACCAUCCUUCCAACAACGCCAAUAGCUUGUCCUUGUGUAAAAAGGAAGAAUUGCGCCGGCUGGCUGCACCUGUGCUAAAAGCCGUCGAGGACGACGACGUCAACCAUGACGACGAUGGUUAUGACGAGGAUGAUCUAUCAGAUCUGAUUGCAACUUUUAGCUUGUCGCCUUUGAAAAGGAACAAGAACAUCCCUGAGUCCAAACAACCGGAUUCAAACUUUGGAAGCCAUGUCAACACAGGCCAACCAAAUAUCAAUGGUGAAUGCAUUUUUGUACCUAAUAUGUCGAAAGCCACCGAUCAUCAGAUGAUGGAAAACAAGUCAGCCAUGGUUGUUCGCAAACAUUCCAAACAAGGGGAUAAUGAAUUUAUGAGACAUUUUGUGAUUAAUCGUGGUCCGAUCAAGAGGCUUCCUUUCCAGGAGGAUGACAAGAGAUUGCCUUGGUUUCAUGGAUCAGUGUCAAAAAUCGAUGGAAACUUUCGACCUCUCAAUACCAAGUUGGGAAGUCUUGACGUUCCCGACCACUUUAGCGUAGAAGUGAAUCGGGAUCAUACUUUUCCUCACACCAAACAACAAAAUAGAUCGACUCUUAACAAGAGUAUUACAAUUUCAUCACUCAGUCAAGAAUCAAAUCCAGGGCCCCAAUUUGAGAACGGCCACAAGUCAUUUCCACCUUUUCGCAGCCCUCGUGAAUUUGGUCACAAUCAUCCAAUAUUGGACAAACAUGCCCCUGCAUCUACCAGAAGGUUGCUGUCGAGCUAUAAGGUGGUUGACAAUCUCCCUAGGGCCCCUAAGGGCCUCCAAAAUAACAAUAAUUACUCAAUACCAAUUCCAAGUAAGCGUCAGGGACAGGAGUCUUUCUCGUCACCAUAUGAUAAUGGAGUUGUCCGUGGAACAAGCUUCAGAAUGGAGCAACCAGCCCCCAAGCCUGCCUUGAUUCAUGUUCGAACUGAUUGGGCGGCCAAAUAUCUUAAAUGACAGUAUCGUUUAGAAGGUAGUCAAUACUCAUUUUCAGUGCUUUAGCCAUUCCUCAAUAAAAGGAAGUUCCAUUUACUUUGGCCAAAAUGAAUAAUUCGUUACACCACUAGAAUUCAGCGUUACUCAUUUGUUAGUUUUGAUAAAAUGUCAAUGGCCAAUACUUGAGGACAAAUACUUCAUUAUGAACAUACUUCAACAUAUCUGGCACGUAAGUUGGAUAUUUUUGCCAAAAUAUUUCGAAUGCAGAAACGUGAAAUGAUAUUUUUUGUUUUGCUUUUCCCCAAGUUUUUUUACCGCUACAGGAAACGUACUUUCACUACCAGUACGUACUGCUAGUACUACCAACUACUAUUAAAAUGAAAGGUUCAUCUUUAACCUUAAAGUCUUUUCAUUCCUGUUUUGGAGCUCGCUGAGAACAGACGCACUUUAGUUGGGUGAGCGUGGUUAGUGGAUUUAAGUGUGUGGGUGAAUAAAUGGGGAUUGCAAUUCAUUCACUUAAUUAGGUAUGGGUUGU